AAAACGCAUCUUUACCGGGCCGCGUUCGCUCCGUGCCGGCCGCCGUGUCCGUGGAUAGAGCCGCCGUGGCACGCGGACGCGUCGGUGUGUGUGAACGAGCCGGCCGUGUGCGCCGCAGCACCUACACACGAAAAGUAGCUUGAUGAGUAUCCAAAGUAGUGGAAGUUUGGAGGGGACGCCAUCUUUGGUCCCAGCUCUCCACGUCCCCAACACGGACUGUUUUCAGCAGCAUACCGCGGCAGGGGUGAAGGCCCAGUAAGGCACCAUGGAGGAGCUGCACAGCCUGGACCCCCGGAGACAGGAGCUGCUCGAGGCGCGUUUCAUGGGCGGGGUCAGCGGCAACACAGGGGGCAGCACAGGCAGCACAAGCCAGGGAGCCAAAGGAUUGACCAAUAAUGAAUGUUCAAAUCACAGUUUUGGAAGUCUGGGAUCUUUGAGUGACAAGGAGUCAGAGGGGUCAGAUGUGAAAAGAGGCAGCUCUCCUGCUUAUUCGACACCAGAGAAGAAACAGUCUGAAACAACCCGAGGCAGAAAAAGGAAACCGGAAAUCCAGUCAGAAAGCAGCCAAGGAAAAUCAAUUGUGCGAGGACCCAAAAUAAGUGAUUAUUUUGAUUUCCAGGGAGGAAAUGGGUCUAGUCCAGUGAGAGGUCUCCCACCAAUGAUUCGCUCGCCCCAGAACUCACAUUCCCACUCGGCUCAGGGCACUGCUGUUAGACAAAAUAGCUCCUCUCCAACUAGUCUGUCUUUCGGGGACCACAUGACGCAUCCAAAGCAACUAGCAGUCAAAUUUGUUCAGACUGACCUUACAGUGUUGAAGCUGGCUGCCCUUGAAAGCACCAAGAAUCUCGACCUUGAGAAGAAAGAAGGGAGAAUAGAUGAUCUGCUUCGGGCAAACUGUGAUCUCAGGAGACAGAUUGACGAACAACAAAAAUUACUUGAAAAAUACAAGGAACGCUUGAAUAAAUGCAUCACCAUGAGCAAGAAGUUGCUGAUAGAAAAGAGCAACCAGGAGAAGCAGGCCUGUCGGGAGAAGAGCAUGCAAGAUAGACUACGUUUAGGACAUUUCACCACAGUGAGACACGGGGCAUCCUUCACAGAGCAAUGGACAGACGGUUAUGCCUUCCAAAACCUUGUCAAGCAGCAAGAGUGGAUAAACCAACAGAGGGAGGACAUCGAGAGGCAGAGGAAGCUCCUGGCCAAGAGGAAACCGCCGUCAUCCAGCAACUCCCAAGCACCAACCACCAACUCUGAGCCAAAGCAACGCAAAACCAAGGCAGUGAAUGGAGCAGAGAGCGAUCCCUUUCUAAAACCCAGCCUACCUCAGCUGCUGACACUAGCAGAGUAUCACGAACAGGAAGAGAUCUUCAAACUGCGACUUGGACAUCUCAAGAAGGAAGAAGCUGAGAUCCAGGCGGAGCUGGAACGUCUGGAGAGAGUGCGCAACCUUCACAUUCGGGAGCUGAAGAGAAUAAAUAAUGAGGACAGCUCCCAAUUCAAAGAUCACCCAACGCUGAAUGAACGAUAUCUCCUCCUACACCUUCUGGGCCGAGGGGGCUUUAGUGAAGUUUACAAGGCUUUUGACUUGAUCGAACAACGAUAUGCUGCUGUGAAAAUCCACCAACUUAACAAGAACUGGAGAGAAGAGAAAAAAGAGAACUACCACAAGCAUGCAUGUCGGGAAUACAGAAUACACAAGGAGCUCGACCAUCCCAGGAUUGUGAAACUUUAUGACUACUUCUCACUGGACACAGACACGUUUUGCACCGUUAUGGAGUACUGCGAGGGCAACGACUUGGAUUUCUACUUGAAGCAGCAUAAGCUAAUGUCCGAGAAGGAGGCCCGCUCCAUCGUCAUGCAGAUUGUGAAUGCACUAAAGUACCUGAAUGAAAUCAAACCCCCCAUCAUCCAUUAUGACCUUAAACCAGGGAAUAUCUUGCUGGUGGACGGCACGGCCUGCGGAGAAAUUAAAAUCACCGACUUCGGUUUGUCUAAAAUCAUGGACGACGACAACUAUGGCGUAGAUGGGAUGGACUUGACCUCGCAGGGUGCUGGGACCUACUGGUACUUGCCUCCUGAGUGUUUCGUGGUUGGUAAAGAGCCUCCAAAGAUCUCCAACAAGGUGGAUGUGUGGUCUGUGGGCGUCAUCUUUUUCCAGUGUCUGUAUGGAAGGAAGCCUUUUGGCCACAACCAGUCACAGCAGGACAUCCUGCAGGAGAACACGAUACUCAAAGCCACCGACGUUCAGUUCCCCGUGAAGCCCGUUUCCAGUAACGAAGCCAAGGCCUUCAUCAGGAGGUGCCUGGCGUACAGGAAGGAGGACCGGGUCGACGUCCAUCAGAUGGGCAGCGACCCCUACCUGCUCCCCCACAUGCGGCGGUCCAGCUCCUCUGGGAACCUGCAGAUGAGCGCCGCCGGCUCCGGCCCCGCCUCCUCCAGCAUCAUCUCGUACUGACAGUGCUGACUCUCGGCUGACAGGUGAACUGAUGAGAAGAUGCGGAGUUCCUCGGAGGCUCGGCCUCGACACCGGAGGAGCGGCCGGCGGCGGGAGGAGCGGGACUCGGGCGAGGAGAUCUCACCCGGCCUCCUCCGACCUGAGCCAGGCCUCCACUUGUUUACCAGGGCUUGAUCAAUGGAAGGACAAUGGAAGGAUGUUUCAAAGGACACAAGUAAAUGGAUCUUUCUGAAGGCCCGACAAAAAAAAGCACUGAAACUGACUGCGUACCUUGAAGAAAAUGUGACUGGACGACUCUGUUCAGGCAUUGCAGAUGGAUUAAGCCUUAAAGGGGCCGAAGGGAGACUUGGCAGCCCGCCACUGAGAUGAAAUAACACGGUCCUGCCAGGGUGCAAACGAUUCAGCUGCUAGAAGUUAAAACUUACUGUGAGGAGAGGAGUCAUCGUUAAAGUAGAACUACAGAGAUUUCACUAUUAAUUUGGAUAAAUGUUUCAUUUCUGUUUUUUUUUCCACCAAUGUUAGGCUUUACUUUGUGUUACUUAGCCAUGAGAAUGUAAUUUGUAGCAUACAAGUGGCAUCUAGUGUCAUGUAGGUUUGGGGCAGCAUACUUAUGUUUAAUGCACAAAGUAACCAAAUGUAGAAAAAUGACAAUGUAUAAAACCCUAUGCAGGAAUAUUAAUUAACAGAUUAAUUGGAAGCUGUAUAUGCUGUACAGGUGAAUUUUCAAAUUUUGUGCUGCGGAAGUAAUAUGUACAAAGAGUUAAAAAAAAAAAGAAGAAGAAAAAAAAGAUUUCCCAGUGUUAAAAACUAGUUUCCUGGAGUGGUUUCAUUUCGCUGCUUUGUUGCUCUUACUUUUUCAAGGGCUGUAUGUUCCACUUCGGGUACAAAUUGUACAGUUCUGCUAAGAGUGAAUAAUAAACGCAAGGAAGCAUUUUUCUCCCA